AUGGUAUUCAAUGUGUUCAAGGCCAUGAGUUAUCCACGAGAAUCACUGGGAGAAUGCAUGAGGUUGGAUGCAGUAGAAGCCUUGGUACAAGAAACUCUUGAAGAAGAAGAACUUGAGGAAGUGUCAGAAGAAGACCCCUUAUCAACCAGUAAAACUGCAGCAAUUCAAUUAACUGAGGUACUCAUUCCAAGCACAUUAGAGGAGAAGAAGGAAGAGAAGGAAGCACCCAAACUUGAACUGAAGGCAUUGCCUCUCACUCUGAAGUAUACUUAUUUGAGAAGUGAUAAGAGCCACCUAGUGAUCAUCAACUCUGCUCUAAGUAAAGAGCAAGAGAAGGAGUUAAUUAAAGUGCUACAAAAGCACCAAAAUGCUAUUAGAUGGACCCUUGCUGACUUAAAAGGGAUAAGCCCUUCCAUGUGCAUGCAUAAGAUCCUGCUGGAAGAUGAUGUCAAGCCCUCCAUUCAGCCCCAAAGAAGGUUGAACCCAGUCAUGAAAGAGGUAGUACAGAAGGAGGUAAUGAAGCUGUGGCAGGCAGGGGUGAUUUACCCAAUUUUGAACAGCCAAUGGGUGAGCCCUGCUCAAGUAGUUCCCAAGAAAGAAGGCAUUACCGUGGUGCCUAAUGAGAGGAAUGAACUCAUCCCUACAAGAACUGUCACUGGAUGGAAAUUGUGCAUUGACUACAGAAAGCUCAAUGAGGCAAUGAGAAAGGAUCGCUUUCCACUUCCCUUCAUGGACCAAAUGUUGGAGAGACUUGUAGGGCAUGCAUACUAUUGUUUCCUGGAUGGCUACUCAAGCUACAACCAGAUUGUGGUUGAACCAAAGGACUAG